CUUAGCAUCUAUAGUUGUGUCUCCCUGAAGCAUAAUGUGUGAAAACAAAUCGCAGGCACUGAUUUUUGGUGGUGAAGAUGGUUUGCCUGCAAUUUCAGCGCAUCACCAGAUCCCAGGCCUUGAUGUUGUUGUUGAUCCAUGUGCUGCUAUUCUAGUGUUCAUUGUAACUGGCCUUUUGUGCAUGGGAAUAAAGGAGAGCACAUUUGCUCAGGGAAUUGGAACUGCAGUCAAUGUGUGUGUCUUGUUAUUUGUCAUAGUAGGGGGCAGUUAUCUGUGCUUCAAGACAGGUUGGCCUGGCUAUGAACUCCCGACAGGGUUCUUUCCAUUCGUAGUGGAUGGAAUGUUUGCUGGUUCUGCUACAGUCUUUUUUGCAUUCAUUGGGUUUGAUUCGGUUGCAAGUACUGCAGAGGAGGUGAAACAUCCCCAACGGGAUUUACCUAUUGGUAUUGGUCUUGCUCUCUUGCUCUGCUGUUCUCUCUACAUGAUGGUCUCCAUUGUAAUUGUUGGUUUAAUUCCUUACUAUGCGAUGGAUCCUGACACCCCGAUAUCCUCUGCAUUCGCUAGUCAUGACAUGCAAUGGGCCGUCUACUUAAUAACUUUAGGAGCUGUCAUGGCUCUCUGCUCAGCUUUACAAUUUAAUAACUUUAAUGGUUGCCCUUCUCCUUCAGAUGUUAAUAAACGCACCCAGGUUCCGGUUAAAGCGACUGUGGCAACUGGGUUGUGUGCGGCAACUUUAGCGUUCUUUAUGGAUGUUUCACAGCUUGCAGGGAUGGUGAGUGUUGGGACACUUCUGGCAUUUACAAUGGUGGCAAUAUCAGUGUUGAUACUCAGAUAUGUUCCUCCAGAUGAGCAACCUCUUCCGUCAUCUCUUCAAGAGAGAAUUGAUUCUGUUUCCUUUAUAUCUGGUGAAACAACGUCCUCUGGUCAUGUUGGCACUUCUGAUAGCAGGGUUCUCAGCGAAGAAAACAGAAGGAUAGUAGCUGGAUGGAGCAUUAUGUUCACCUGUAUUGGAGCCUUCCUUUUAAGUUAUGCGGCAUCAACCCUGAGCUUCCCAGGGCUACUUAGAUAUUCGUUGUGUGGUGUUGGUGGAAUUCUCCUCCUUGUUGGUUUGAUUGCUCUGAGUUCUAUAGAUCAGGAUGAUGCCAGACACACUUUUGGACAUUCUGGAGGCUCAAGGCGCAGUGAGGCUAAGGGGUCAGCGCCUCAAACUGGUGAGGCUAGGCGAUCUCCUCUAGGCUCUCGCUCCGGGACGCCUGGGCUCAAGGCGCGCCUCAACUCGCUUUGCGCCUCAGACAGAAAAAGAUCUGCGACAUGGGCUCGUGUAUCGGUAUGGCUGCUGAUUGGAGUGAUUGUGUAUGUUUUAUAUGGCCGAAAACACAGCUCGCUCGCCAAUGCAGUUUAUGUACCUACAGCUCAUGCGGAGGAGAUAUAUCGCGAACAUGAAGGUUCUUUGGCAUAGUCUGAGAAAGCAUCUCUUUGAUUAUAUAUGUAACACAAUCUGUAUGAUCUUUAUCUGGAAUGCCAUAAUCUAUUUGUGAGCCAAAAGACCUGUCCAUGGAUUUUGUAAAUAAUAUAUAUCAUCAUAAGUU